AUAUAAUGCAACUUUUUGAGUGGGAUUUGAGUGUAUAUAAACAACCAUUCCCUUCUUUACCUAUUCCAUCGCCAUUCUUAAUUCUUCUUCUCUUUUUCUUUCUUUCUUUGACCACUCUUAAGAGAGAAUUAAAGAGAAGAUGAGUAGACCGGGAGACUGGAACUGUAGGUCAUGCCAGCAUUUGAACUUCCAGAGGAGGGACAUGUGCCAGCGGUGCGGCGAACCGAAGAGCGGCGGCGGUGUCGGAAGAGGUGGGUCUGGUUUCGGGUACGGAGGAUCGGAUGUGAGGCCCGGAGACUGGUACUGUAGCGUGGGAAAUUGUGGAGCUCACAAUUUUGCAAGCCGAUCAAGCUGCUUCAAAUGUGGGGCUUUCAAAGACGACAUGUCGGCCUUCGACUUCGAUAUUCCUCGUCCUAGUCCUAGAGGGAUUUCCCCAUUUGCUUUUGCCAGCCCCGCUCGUGCUGCUGCCUCCGCUUGGAAGUCCGGUGACUGGAUUUGUGCAAGGUCGGGUUGCAAUGAACAUAACUUUGCAAGCAGGAUGGAGUGCUUUAGAUGCAGUGCUCCGAGAGACUCCUACUAACAAAACUAGCCAAGCCAAAAUCCUCCUUCAUCAUCAAGUUUUGGGUAUGCUCUCAACUGAGAAAAAUUUCAAAGAGACUUCAUAACCUGCACUCUACAUUUUUCUUCUCCCUCUCUCUCUCUCUCUCUCUUUUUGUUUUCUGGUUUUGUAACUUUUUUCUUAAUGAGUGAUGUUAAUUUAUGUGAUGAUCAAAAAUUGAGAUAUUGUCCAAAAA